UGUUGAUGUCAAAUUCGAGACGCCUGAAGAACACUUUUUAAAACGUAAAGCACCACCUUAUGAGUUACCUAAGUUUAAUCCAAAAAAUUUAUCGCAAACCGACAUAUGCAAACCUGCGGACGCGGAAUUAACACUCAAACAGCAAGAGAUGAUACUUAUGGUCGGCAGCCCGGGCUCCGGAAAAUCACAUUUUACAAAGAAUCAUUUAAAGGAAUACGGAUAUGUCAACAGAGAUACUUUAGGCAGCUGGCAGAAGUGUAUUGCUGCAGUCCAACAAUAUUUGAAUGAAAGAAAAAGUGUAGUUAUAGACAAUACUAAUCCUGACAAAGUUUCGAGAGAGAGAUAUAUGGAGGUAGCCAAGAAGUGCAACGUUCCGGUCAGAUGUUUUGUCAUGACGACAAGUCUAGAACACGCUAAACAUAAUAAUAAGUUUCGCGAUUUGACUGAUCCAAGCCACGUUCCAAUCAACGACAUUAUUAUACACUCUUAUAUGUAAGUGAAAUU